AUGCCGGAUAAGAUGCGCGCAGCACAGAUCGUAGAGUAUGAGAAACCAUAUCAGCUAUGUGAGCGAGCUAUACCUCAGUGCGGCGACCAUGACCUCCUCAUUGAGGUGUACGCAGCUGGCUUUUGUCACUCUGACCUGCAAGUAUGGAAUGGGCAAUUCCCGGCAGAACUGCCAAUGAUUCCUUCGCAUGAGCCUGCUGGCAAAAUCGUACAGGUUGGCGCGAACGUGCAAGGUUCCUGGACGGUCGGGGAUCGCGUGGGUGUUUUGAACUACAAGAAUGCGUGUGGGCAAUGCGCAGGAUGUCGCCAGCACUCACGGAGAUCCAAACGUCCUGAUCCGCGCUUCUGUCAAAGACGAAUUGUGGCUGGCUUCAGACACGAUGGCGCAUUCUCUGAAUACAUGCUGGCCGACCCAGAAACCACCGUGCAUCUCCCGAGCGGAGUUUCUUUCGAACAGGGAGCACCUUUGAUGUGUGCUGGAGCGACAGUAUGGGGCGCGUUGCGAAAGCUUAGUCCCCAGGUCCAGCCGGGCGAUGCUGUAGCUAUCGUAGGCAUCGGAGGUCUUGGACAGCUUGGAGUACAGUUUUCCAAAGCACUUGGAUACAGGACGAUAGCAAUGGAUAACCGUGACGAAGGUCGCCAGCUUGCGCUCGACUUGCCUGACCACUUGAGACCCGAUCUGGUUAUGGAUUCAACCGCCAAAGAUGCCGAACAGAAAAUAUCAGAGUUUACUUCCGGCGAGGGUCUCGCAGGCAUCGUAGUGUGUACCGAUUCGAUACAAGCGAACGCCUGGUGCCUCCAACAACUGGGCAAUGGUGGUGUUAUGGUCCCGCUGGGACUACCAAAAGACAAGUGGCAGUUCGACUCGGAAGCCAUGGUGUUUCAUGAGCUUACUAUCAAGGGCAGCUAUGUUGCUAGUGCUGAAGAAGUCGAGUCGAUGCUGAAAGUGGUGGCCAAGCACGGAAUUUCUUCGCAUUUGACCGUUCUAGGCUUCUCGGAAAUCCCCAGCCUCCAAGAUAUAGCCUCAACAUCUGCUUGUAUUUUCUCAGUUGUCGCACAACUUCGUGUCAAGUACCAGGCUUUCGCCAUCAUGUCUGUCUUUUUCGACUCUCCUAUAAGUGAGGAUCUUGUGGCGGUGGGCGACGCAGAAGCCGUUCUGGAAAGCAUCGGUGUUACCGACGGCAUACCAGCAAAUGAAUCCCAGGACUACCAUCAGCUGUUAGCUGCUGUUCAUGAUGUUGCGGAACACAUACUACAAUUACCGGACUAUACGGCACGGACAGAUACUGAGAAGUACCCACGAGAGCAAGUACAUCGACCAUCCGCAGAUGAGCAGGAUUUUGGUAAUGCUUGGGCCCACAAGUUUCUCAUAAGUGGCAAUCCACAAGGAAGCUUAUUGAGAGGAAAGACGCUAUGUCUCAAAGAUAAUGUCGCAGUGGCUGGAGUGCCACAGUUCUUUGGAACUGAUGCCAUCCCUGCGUGGACACCUGAUGACGACGCCACCGUAGUUAGACGAGCACUAGAUGCCGGUGCUGACAUCGUGGGAACGACUAUAUGCGAGAACUUCUGCAACUCUACCUCAUCUUUUACUUCGGCACAAGGUACCGUCCACAACCCAUAUGCAAGAGGUUACUCUGCUGGUGGUAGUACAUCUGGCGGUUCCGCAGUAGUCGGCGGCGGUCUUGUAGACAUCGCAAUUGGUGCCGAUCAAGGCGGAAGUAUCCGCGUCCCGUCAUCUUUUUGUGGCUGUGUCGGACUGAAGCCAACGCAUGGUCUAGUCCCUUACACUGGGAUAUCUAGCGGCGACGCUAUCAAUGAUCAUGCCGGGCCCAUAGCAAGAUCAGUAAGCGACGUAGCAUUAUGCCUUGACGCAAUCAGUGGAAAAGACGACUACGAUGAUCGUACACUUGGUGCACCGACACACGGUUCUACGCAGUACGCAAAGAGUCUUCAGAAUUCGGUCGCAGGAUUGAAGAUUGGCAUUCUCAAAGAAGGGUUUGAGCAUCGACUCGUGAACCAAGAUGUCAGGUCGACCGUGAGGAAGGCCGUUCAGUCUUUCGAGCGUCUCGGUGCUACCAUUGAAGAGAUUUCGCUACCUCUCCAUCUAGAAGGACCAGCUAUUUGGACCAUCCAACAACGGAUCGCAGGUACUCUCAACAUGUUGGGCUAUGCUCACGGUCGAAGAGGUCUCUUCUCAACAGCCUACGAGGCCGCAAGACAGCCAUGGACGAACGAAACUUUCCAGAAACUCUUCCCAUCCACGAAAAAUACCAUGAUCAACGGCCUCUCUCUUAUGCAAAACUACCCAGGUCUUUAUGCGAAGACUAUGAACCUCGCCCAACAACUCCGAGACUCUUAUGAGAAGCUUUUCCAAGACUACGAUCUUAUUGUCAUGCCAACGACACCUUUUGUAGCUCCGCCAAACAUAGAUUGGAAGCGAGGGGAGGACGCACCAAUGGAUGCACUGAAGCCAAGUAUGGGCAUCACCAUCAAUACCGCUAUCUUUGAUGUGACAGGUCACCCGGCCAUGUCACUUCCCGUUGGGUUUGCCCCUUCGGGUGUCGAUCCUGAAGUUAAAUUACCGGUUGGGAUGCAGCUAGUUGGUGGCUUGUGGCAGGAGCAGAAGAUAUUCAACGCGGCUUUCGCGUGGGAGUCAGCAAACGACUGGAAAAAGAUUGGCAUUCCGAAAGACCAAGAGUCAAGGCUUGCCACGAAGCUAUGA